AUGGUCUCUACCUCCCUACGCCCAAGUAAUCUUGCACGUCUCCCUAGGUGGAUUUCACAUUGGCUUGGUUACCGCGCUUCACCUGCUCCAAAACGACCCGACUAUAUCAUUUGGAUUUGGUCGUUCAUUGGUGCUUUUGGCGGUCUUUCGAUUCUUCAAGCCAUCUUCGGACAAUCGCACUAUUUUAUACAACGCAAUGUCCCCUCCAUAGUUGCCAGUUAUGGUGCAUCCGCUGUCCUUUGUUACGGUGCCAUAGAAGCACCAUUAGCCCAACCGCGUGCUCUUUUGGGUGGACAUUUCAUCAGCGCUCUCACAGGCGUCUGUAUAACCAAACUGUUCGGUCUCCUUCCCACAGAGCAACGUCUCGACCAACUCCGCUGGCUAGCAGGUUCCCUUUCUUCCGCCACCGCCAUUGUCUUGAUGCAAAUGACCUCGACGACACAUCCUCCCGCCGGUGCGACCGCUCUUAUCGCUGCCGUCGACCCAGAGAUCUAUGUCAUGGGAUGGUAUUAUCUCCCCGUCGUAUUGCUUUCGUCCACGAUCGUGUUAGUCUCGGCGUUGAUUGUGAAUAACAUCCAGAGGAGGUAUCCAGUGUUUUGGUUUGCUCCUUCGCCGCCUGCGGUUGCACCCACUGUAGUAAAGUCAGAGCCUCCAACACUGGCCGGGGAAAGAGAUGCCAGUAUCAACGAUGUGGAGAAGGGGAUUGUUGGCACCCUUGCAAGUGCUGAUUAG